AUGUGUGAACUGGGCUUAAUCAGAAGUCAAAUAUACAAACACCUCUACUCGGUCGCAGCAGCAGAUCGCCCGCUUGCUGAAGUGGCCGCCGCAGUUGCCAUGUUGAACCAAAAACUCCAACAGUGGAAGGAUAGUAUUCCCACCGAGUUCCAGCCCGAAUCACAAAGACUUUCCGCUUUUACAAAAUCCACGAUAGCUGUGACCCUUAUUUUCCUGCAUCUAGCAUACUUCCACUGUCUGAUUGCUAUCCAUCGGGUCACCGCAGCACGGGGGUCAAGGCUAGCUAUGGAUCUAGUCGAAAGGAACAGCGUUUACACCCCACCUCACCCAGUGGUAUUCAUGUCAGAAUCACUGUGCACAAAGGCUGCAACGGCGUCGAUUGACUUGAUGAAAUAUAUGCCGAAAUCUAAUAUCACGCUCAUAGGGAUAAUGAUCUACUACCCUAUUCUCGCAUCCAAAACACUCUCCUCGGCCAUCGUCCAAAAUCCACGAGACACAUCGCGCAUAUAUCACAUCAGGCUUAUCAUGAAAGUAGAAACAUUUGUAUCAUCAUUGGUCCUUGAUACACCCAAUGAAGGUAUCGAUGGACUUUUGAAGGACUGCGCCGAGUAUCGCUCUCUGGCGGAGGCUGCAGUUAGGGAGGCUACACAGAUAUGUCAGGGUUGA